AUGAGACGCUGCAUCCCUGCAUCUGUGCUUCGUCGAGUUCUGCUGCUGCAAACGCGACUUGUGUCUACGAAUACGCAAACGCCACCAUCAGGUUGUGCAACAAAAAUACAGAAUGAAUCACCGAUGAACGGUUCAUUUAAUUUGCCGCGUGAGCGACAGAUCCUCGGCGGGCUUCAUGCGGACUGGCGCACUCAAAUGAAACGCUCCGGUUCUAUUCUCAACGACAUCACACCGGCACUCCCUGAUACUAAGCGAACCGAGGAGCAGCGUCGUCGAGUUGCAGGGUGGAGGCCGGUGGUGAAACUACUGGGGGAUCAGCGUUUGCGCAUUGCCAUUGUGGGGCGCAUGAACAGCGGUAAGUCCUCGUUAUUCAACCUGCUCCGCCUGGAACCCACCGUGCCUGGUCGUAGUAAUGUUGUGCGUGACUUCGAUGGCAUAACUCGUGACUCGGUUGAGGGUCAGGCACAACUGGAAGGGAUGCAUUUCACUAUUAUUGACACACCAGGAAUGGUGCAGGGACGAAUGGUUGAGGAGGCGUUUCGCACGGUGGAAACCGCCGAUGCAGCAAUCUUUGUGACCGCUGUUGAUGAGGACAUUAUGCCUGAAGAAUUAAGCCUUAUGCAAUAUCUUCAUCUCAAACAUAUGCCGGUGGUGUUGUUGGCUAACAAGAUGGAUCUCAUACAGGAGGAAGAGGAAGAGGCGGUGCUCGACCGCUACAACUCGCUUGGAUUUGGAAAUGCCAUCCCUUUCUCUGCAAGGCGUAAGUCGGGGCUGGAGAUGCUUGCUGCUGUGCUAGAGCCGUUAUAUCAUAUCCACGCCAUGCAUAAGGUGGAAAAUGAUUGGGACAUUGAAGAUCUGGCAAUGCAGGGUGAUGAGAGUGCGAUGGAGGAGAUUCGGGAACGAAAUUGCAGCGAUCGUUUUAUCCGCAUCGCCAUCGUUGGAAGGACAAAUAGUGGUAAGUCGAGUUUAGUAAACAGACUGGUGGGGUUUGAACGGAAUCGAGCCGUAGAUGAGAAAAAUUCCACGCGCGAUCCCGUGGAGCUGCCAUGCAGUUACAAAGGUCGUAAGCUCAAGUUAAUUGACACUGCUGGACUGGCACGCCAUCGCUACCGUGCCGAUCGUGAUUUUAUCGGACGUAUUCACGGAUUGUCUGUCAAUGAGAUUCGUUUUGCCCACGUUGUUAUUGUGGUGUUUGAUGCAACGGAGGGUCAUCCUAAUAAGUACGACAUGGCCGUCCUUCACUCCGUAGCCGCUGAGGGGAGACCUUUUCUAUUGUGCGCAAACAAAUGGGACGCUGUACUGGAUCAAAGCGCUACUGCGGAAGCCAUUGACUUUAAGAUUAAGCGACAAGUGCGGGAGGUAAAAUAUAGCAAUGCGGUUGUGGUGUCCGCGCACACUGGGCUGAACCUUACUCUGCUGAUGGACCAAGCACUCGAGUUAUAUGAUAAAUGGAAUAAACGUGUUCGACGAGCGGAGCUGACUCGCCUUUGGAGGAAAAUGGAAAAAUCUGUUAUCAUUCCUUAUCACGUGGCGCGGAUUGGUCGAAUAACGCAGGUAAAUACGAGACCUCCAACGUUUCUCUUGCAGUUACAAACAAAAAAUGAUUCCAACACGUUACCAAAGGCUCUUCAGGAAAUGAUGAAGAACACACUUGUCGAGGAGUUUGACUUCCGCGGGGUACCGAUUCGACUAAUACAGGAGGUAAAGGAUUCCAACCCUGACUACAUCUAA